AUGCGCCUUCAGGGAUCUCUAGUUAUUGAAUCUAAGAACGACGAUGAGACAUGCACAGAUGAGGACGUAGACGAUAGUGAGAGUGAUUGUGAUGAUGUAAUAGUCACGGAAGACUUUGACGAGGAGGAAUCUGUGCCGUUACUAGAUUCAGAAACACCAACAGCUGAAGAUUACGACCGCAUAGUUCCUGAAAGCACGAACGAAUAUCUAUUGAAACGAUGCUUCGUGUCUAUACCUGGACAUUGGCUACAGCGAAUUGUGUUUGAUCGUCGCAACGAAGGACGAGAUCCUUUACUUCACGCGAGAUUAGGCUAUGAGACUGAUGUGAAGGUAAAUUUUGGUGGCUAUAUGGAAGAACGGAAAUCGCGUGGCAUUCCUCAAUGUUCAUUGGCAAAGGACUGA